AAAAUGUCAUCAACACAAAAUUAUAAAGUGCCCUCCACUAGCAAAAUAUCUUUGGAUAAGCUAUUAAGGGUUGGAUGCUAUGAUUUGGAGAAAACAAUUGGAAAGGGGAACUUUGCUGUUGUUAAAUUAGCAUCAAACAUUGUCACCAAAACAAAGGUCGCUAUAAAAAUUAUUGACAAAACUUGUCUCAAUGAAGAGUACCUGGCUAAAACUUAUCGAGAAAUAUCCAUUUUGAAAACACUUAGACACCAACAUAUUACGCGUCUAUACGAAGUAAUGCAGUCUGAAACUAUGAUAUAUCUAGUAACAGAGUACGCGGCCAACGGAGAAAUAUUUGACCAUCUGGUGGAUAAUGGACGAAUGAAGGAACCCGAAGCUGCAAGGGUGUUUUCGCAGUUAGUCUCGGCAGUACAGUACUGCCAUCGUAAAGGAGUAGUUCAUCGUGAUCUUAAGGCCGAAAAUGUACUGUUGGACAAAGAUAUGAACAUUAAGCUGGCUGACUUUGGAUUUAGCAACCACUACGAAGACGGUAGCCCUCUCACAACAUGGUGUGGAUCCCCACCGUAUGCAGCACCGGAAGUUUUUCAGGGGUUAGAAUAUGACGGCCCCAAAGCAGAUAUUUGGAGUUUGGGAGUUGUACUAUAUGCAAUGGUGUGCGGUGCUCUGCCAUUUGACGGAAAAACACUUUUGGAACUGAAGAGCCGAGUGGUGACUGGGAAAUUUCGCAUUCCGUAUUUCAUGUCUCAGGAUUGUGAAAACCUCAUUCGCAACAUGUUGGUGGUGGAACCGGAAAAGCGCUACACCAUUAAACAAGUUAUGAAGCACCGGUGGGUUAGUGAAUGGAUGGCCGAAGUCGAACGGGAUUGUUCGCAGACACAUGUUCCCCAUAUGAGUUCGGAAGUUUCGGCUAUCGGCCAAACUACAUCUGUUCCUAAUUUGGACACAGUUGUGGUAUCUCAUAUGCUGCAGCUGUCAGGAUUAACAGCCGAUAAAAUUGCGCAAUCCGUUCACGAGAACCGUUUCGAUAAUAUAUAUGCCAUCUACUACUUGCUAUACGACAAAUUGCAACAGAGACGCCGAGAGCAUCAGAAAUUGCAGCAGCACGCAAAUAGAGCCAGGUCCCGGACCAGUAUAACGACUGGAAUGGUAGAUCGGUCUGAACCCCUGCAGCAAGAUGCAAUGGAUCGCUUAAGCCCUCUAGUGAAUACGAAUGUAGCCCAACCGGAAUCCAUAUGCCCAUGGACAGAUCUGAAUGUCGAAUUAGAGAAGUUUAGCAGUGACAUUGAGUUGGAACGAAUGCAAGGACCAAAUGAGAAUAUAAAUCAAAGUCAACUAUCUACAUCAUCAUCUACAAGUCAAGGCAAUGGAAACACAAGGCGACAUACUGUGGGACCUGGCGAUGUUGCUCAUGAACAUGCCUUACAGGAUCCAAACGUCAUAGCGUUGAACUUUAAAUACGAACCUUCGAAAAAUCAGCAACAAAUGUAUCCUUAUCCACCACUCAAUUUGCCGACCUUGCAGAACCAACCUCUACACUACUUGACUACAAAGGAUCAACAUCUGUUGAAACCACCACUGGUAAUGGGAGCAACUGGGUCCUUCAACCGUCGAGCUUCAGAUGGUGGAGCUAAUUUGCCAUAUUGUUUCACUACCGGCCAUCAGUCAUCAACUGUUGAUGGGCCGCCAGAACAAGCCGAGACGUAUUUUAUGCAUCCAACAAAAGGGCCCAAUAGCGACCAUAUUUCUACUGCCAGUGUAAAUAACCGAGUUCCUGCGGACAAUCCGAGUAUUAAUCAGGAUGAAAAGCCGGAAGAGAUUCAAAGGUAUAUGCAAAUGCGGGGCAAACGACACACUGUCGGUUGUACAGAAGAUUUAUCACUAAACCACCACGGGGAACAAUGUAGUAUUAACCCUAAGCUUCAAACUCCAGUGGGUAUGCAAACUUCUGGUGGUGUUAGCACCGGUAUACGUACACGUCGUACCGGUCUACUAACUGUGACAGAGAGACCGCCAGUUAUAAGUCCGGAGCUCAUUCGAGAGGUUGAAUCUCGCAUGAAUCGUAAUUACUUACCACCAGCUUUAAAAAUGCAAAGCAAUUAUUCCGGUGGAUUUAGUCUAUCGCCGCCUUCCGGUGUGAGUUCUUCCUACAAUAGUUCGACUAACAAUUGUAAUUAUCCCGUCGUAAGCACUUCAGUCCUAGGAAGUACUACAUCAAUGUCAUUAAGUCCUACAACAGCUGCAAGCUCAGCGAAUAUAGUCUAUAACAAUAGACGUUUUUAUAACAAAUCUGGUAAAUUGCCACCCGUCCAAGAAGUUGGUCGUUACAGUCCUGUACGCCGUGCUUCAGAGGGAUCGAAGACACAAUUCCAGGGUCCCCUCCAGGAAUGUCAAUAUCUACAAAAAGGAAUCGCACAGCGCAAUUUUUUGGUUGCUCCAAGUCAACCACUUUUGGAAAACUCCAUUAGUUUGCCAGGGUCUCCGAUACAUGGAAAAACUUCUGGAUUCCAUAAUGCUUUUCGUCGUACUGGCACACCGUCUUCAUUGGCCUCACCAGACAUCGAAAUACCGCCUGAGGCUCUUAAAACCGUCGUGCCGUUAUUAGACCAGUUAGUUAAAGAGCAAAGAAUUAGCAUGGAUCUUGCAAAUACUAUUGUAUCCACUAGACAAGUCCCUUUGGAUAUGGCUCAUCUUCUGGGUUUAGCAGCACAUGGACACAGUACUUCAGAAGGUUUGGGGGCACAUAUACAGCUACAGCAAGCGCAUAGUUUCAGUACAUCACCAUUGUCUAUGUCUAUUUCAAAAAGUGGCGGCGAACAAACGAGCAGUGUUUGGGGCGAAAGUGGGCGUUGUGUAACAACCAGUGGUCCAAUAAUGCAGCCUAAUGUUAUGGGUAAUCAGAUGAAUUUAGCUGGAGGCUUGCAUACAAACACAAUAUUGGGAUCCUGUUAUACGCAGCCGUUUCCAACAGCUGCAAAAAGUAGCGGAAAUUAUAGCGGGCCUGCAAUUGCAAACGCAGGGGUACCAGGUUCAGUUCUAGCCAGCGGAAGCAGUGUGACGUCGAUAGGAGGUGCAUCAUCUCCUUUGCAUCAAAUCACGAAGGGAAUUUCGUAUUUAACAACCGGAGGAGGCGGUUCCAUAACAAGAGGAACGUCGGCAGCAAGCGAAAUAGCUUCAGCUGCUAUGCAACCUUUGGAUUUAUCUAUGGACGUCGCCGCGUCUGACGAUUCACAAACACCGGUGGGUUCAUAUGUGACGCAGAACUGGUUUCUCCCACCGUCUUCUUACUACGAAAUGAAGCCAUUGAAUUUAUCGCCUGCACAACCUAUAAGAGUGGUAACAACACCCCCCACGUCACCAAACUUAUGCAUAAUACAAGAAGAAAAUGCCACAACUCAAAUGAGUCACACAAUCACAACUGGGACACCAUACACGGGAUGUACUGGUGGUGUAACGCCCACUCCAUCGUCUGGUACGUUGUCGUCCGGAGAAGGCGUAUUAUCACCCGGGCAACAGCCUUCGCAUCCUCAGAUUUGUCUGACUGAUGUACAGGGCAGCGAAAUAACAUUAGUGGCACAAUCAUCACAAUUCAACAAUGAGAGCAGCUCCGAUUCGUCUGAACACCACGUCAUAUCACUAAUGUCGCUUCAGGAUUUAAUGAUAACCGAAACAUCAAAUGACAUGCCAACGGUAACUCGUGGGAUCUUGGGUAAACAAAUAAACCUUGAGACAGAGCAAAAUGUACCAGCUCCAUCUUCUGAGGACAGAAGAGGCAGCGACAAAUCUCUGGGCUUUUCGGAUGACUCCUUAAGCAAUGAUUCCAAUAAUGUAUCGCCCAGCCAAGAACCAUCCGCAUCUUCGGGAUUCAAGUCAGAUUCGCACUCCGAAGUAGGAGAUCAUACCGAGGGACAUUUAACCCCAGAUUCUAUGUGUGAAUCACGUCGCAUGUCUGAAGAUAUGUGCUACGAAGUUCCUUUGCCCUACGAAUGUUCCAAUUUGGACACAGCCCGAAUACUCGAAAUCAUUAAACAAACGAUAGAUUCAACUAUGCCUCCUAAAGGUUUCACUCUACAUACAAUUGAAACGCCAUCAUCAAUCGCCUCCGGUUCAUCAAGUUGGACACAGUACAGGCCCAGUACCGGAGGUCCACCAGAUGCGUCCAACACAUAUUCAAUGGACCUAACACCCUCCUACAUCACAACCAAUCUAAGUCUAGAGUACUCCGGAGGAUUACAAAUCGAAGUACAAGUGUGUGAAGGGCGAAGCCGUGACAGUCAAAGCUCAGGCAAGGGCAUUAAACUGAGACGAAUUUCUGGCGAUCAAUUUGAGUACGGCAAACUGUGCCAACAAUUAAUAAAUCAGCUAAAUAUACAGCAAGUAGCUGGUUAG